AUGGAUGUCAAAAUCUCACAACCCACCACCGUCUACCCCUCUCAGCAACCCUUCACCGAUGACCACAUCCUCCCCCUCUCCCACCUCGAUACCGAUCGCAACAUGAAUGUUCCAUUCCGUUACGUCCGAGCCUACGCUGCCGCCAACCACCAUCAUCCCCACCCCUUUGAUGUAAUCACCGUCGCUCUCUCCACCGCCCUCGUCAAAUACUACCCAUACACCGGCUCUCUCCACCGCCGCAAAUUCGACGGCCGGUUUGAGCUCCAUUGCAAGGUUGGCGGCGGAGUCACGGUCAUUCCAGCCACCGUCGACUCUCCAUUGAGCUCCGUCAGCUACCUUGACGAUGCAGAUGAGGAAUUCAUUGAGUUGUUAGUUCCAAACCCGGAUCAACAAACCCGGCUGACCCAUCCGUUGAUGUUACAGGUGACCCGGUUUAGUUGUGGCGGGUAUACACUCGGAGCAUCGGUGCACCAUGUGCUGUGUGAUGGGCUUGGGGCAACCUUAUUUUUCAAUGCUAUGGCUGAGCUUGCUCGAGGGGCGGGUGAGGUGACGGUUGAACCGGUUUGGGACCGAUCAAAGUUGCUGGGACCUAGAGAACCGGCUAGAAUUGUCUUUCCAAUUGAAGAGGUUUUAUGUUUGGAUAAGGACUUUGUGCCUUACUCGGAGUUGGAUGAAAAGGUGGUUAGGGAGUGCUUUCAUGUGAAAGAUGAGUGGUUGGACCGGUUUAAAAUUUUACUUCAAGAACGGUCCGGUUUGAGCUUCACCACUUUUGAAGCUUUGGGAGCUUUUCUAUGGCAAGCAAGGGUGAAAGCCUCAAAAUUUCCUAGAGAAGAGAAGGUGAAAUUUGCAUACGCAAUCAACAUAAGGAAGCUGGUGAAGCCCCCACUGCCAGCCGGUUAUUGGGGGAACGGCUGCGUUCCAAUGUACGUACAACUCACAGCCGGAGAACUGACGGAGAGACCCAUUUGGGAAACUGCCGAAAUGAUCAAAAAGAGCAAGAGAAAUGCCACCAACGAGUAUGUCCACUCGUUCAUCGAUUUCCAAGAGCUAAAUUACGAAAAAGGGAUCAAUGCUGGCAAAAGGGUUAGUGCAUUUACUGACUGGAGGCACUUGGGCCAUUCAACGGUUGACUUCGGCUGGGGAGGUCCCGUCACGGUCAUACCACUCUCAAGGAACCUUCUCGGGAGCGUUGAACCGUGUUUCUUCUUGCCUUAUUCAGAGGCAAGCCAGGGAAAGAAAGAUGGGUUCAAGGUGUUGUUGUAUCUCCAAGCGAAUGCGGUUAUUGGUUUCCGGGGGGAGAUGGAAAAGUUUGGUAGCAUGGAGUAUGCGUAGUAUAUAAUGGGUCAAUUUUUAUUACUAUCCUUUUGAUUCUGUAGAAUACAGGGGGGUUGUGAAUCAUUUGCACCCAACGGUCUACAGGUAUUAGAAAAGCAAAUCUACGAUAGAGAUUCAACAACCGUACGUGGUUGGACGGCGUAUUCAACCACACAAUGACUCUUGUCCCAUGGAUAACGUAAUAAAUUGUUGAACAGUUGGCUGUAAAUGAGUUUCAUAUGUAUAAAAUUU